AUGAGGCAUAAGAGCUGCUUCACGUUGAUAUUACUAUUGGCAACGACGCCAAUAAGUGAUGCAUUCUAUGUUCCUGGUGUAGCACCUAACGAGUUUAAGAUCGGGGAUGCGAUUGAAGUUAAGGUAGGUGUUUUUUGAUGUUUUGAAAGUAUUUUUGAUGUUUAGGGUAUCAAAUUGACGAGUAUCAAGAGUGUGGUGCCGUAUGAGUACUAUUCGUUGCCAUUCUGCAAACCUGAAGGUCAAGUCUACUACAAGUCUGAGAACCUGGGCGAGGUUAUGAGAGGAGAUCGUAUUGUCAACACACCAUUUGAUGUUUACAUGAAAACAAACACCGAAUGUCAGACAUUGUGCGCAGAUAAAAGCGAGAAAAAGACUUUGACGGUGGAGGAGACAAACUUGUUGAUAAGGAGGAUUCAUGAAGAUUACCAUGUUCAUCUGUAAGUUAAACUUUGACAAUUUUUAAUUAAAAGUGCUUUUAAAUUUGUUAUUGUUUGUUAUUCUUUUAUGUUUUUGCGUAAUUAAACUUGUUUAAAUUCGAUCAAAGGAACUUUUAUCGUUUUUAUUGUGUGCUUAACAUAAUCAACUACAAUUUUUAGGUUAGUAGACAAUUUGCCAUGUGCUACAAGGUACGAGAUUCCAGAGAAGCCUGGAGAAUAUUUCUACGACAAUGGCUACAGAAUCGGAUGGACUGAUGGAAGCAAAACAUACGUAUACAAUCAUUUACAACUGGUCUUGAGGUAUCACGAACCGACUCCAGGAGUUCACAGAGUUGUCGGCUUUGAAGUGAAGCCACGAUCUGUUCAUGAAUCGUCUUAUGAAGUCAAAGGUGACAGAGUAAGUGGGCUUAUUUUGGUUUUUUUUAAAUUUAGUGCAGUUUGCUUUUUAUUUCUUAAGAUUUUACUGUUAUAUUGUCUAUUUUAAAGCGUUUUUGUUUAGAAAUGUGCAUUAAACACCGGUGCAGAGUACCAAGAACUCAAGAAGGAUUCCGAAAACACAGUAGUGUGGAGUUACAGCGUAAAAUGGGAGGAAUCUUCAGUACCAUGGGCUAGUAGAUGGGACACUUUGCUUAAGAGUACUGAUGUUCAGAUCCACUGGUUCUCUAUCUUGAAUUCUUUGGUUGUUGUAGCAUGUUUGGCUGGAUUUUUAAGUGUAAUCAUAAUUAGAACUGUUAGAAAGGAUAUUUCCAAGUAUAACAGAGCUGACGACCUUGAGGAUGCCUUGGAGGAAACCGGCUGGAAGUUGGUGCACGCUGAUGUGUUUAGGCCGCCAAGGUACAACAUGUUGUUGGUCAACUUUGUCGGAACUGGUAUUCAAGUCAUCGGCAUGGUUGUUGUUACAGUUAGUAAGUUGUUUUUGGAUUUCAGCUUGUUUUUUUUUGGACAGUAUAAGCAAUGAGCUUUGGUAGCAAAAUGAAUUUUUUAGAUGCAUGAAUUACCUUAAUUUAAAAAUGUUGUUUUUUUUUGUAAUUAUGGUUUUAUUUUCAGCGUUUGCCAUGCUGGGUAUGUUAUCACCAAGCAGCAGAGGAUCGUUGACUUCUGUAGCUAUCUUCUUGUACUGUUUUAUGGGAUUGGUGGCUGGUUAUCAUUCAGGAAGAUUGUACAAGACUUUCAAAGGAGACAAGCCAAGAAGCUGCGCGUUCAGAGUAAGUUUUGUAUAACAACACACUUUAAUAGUAGAGAAAGUAAUAUUUUGUGAUCGUAUGAAUGUCAUGUUAAAACGAUAUUCUAACUGUUUGCAUUUUUAGACGGCGACAUUGUUCCCAGCUGUCAUUUUGGGUACUGGAUUUGUGAUCAACUUCUUUUUGAUCGGAAAACAUUCUUCUGGAGCUGUAAGUUUAGUUUUUCAACCUUUUUGUAACAAUAUUAAGUUAAACAUGAUUUUAAAUGGCGAUCUUUUCAGAUUCCAUUCACGACGAUGAUUGCCCUCCUCUUCUUGUGGCUAGGUAUCGAUCUUCCUCUCGUCUUUAUCGGAUUCCACUUUGGCUACCGUAAACAACCGUAUGCUCAUCCAGUUCGCACCAAUCAGAUUCCACGCCAAGUACCUGAUCAACCGUGGUAUCUGAAGACUUUACCUUGUGCUUUGAUUGCUGGAGUAUUGCCAUUUGGAGCUGUAUUCAUUGAGCUCUACUUUAUAUUUUCCGCCAUUUGGGAGAACCAAUUCUACUAUCUGUUUGGAUUCUUGUGGCUUGUCGUGGGGAUUCUGUUCGUAUCGUGCACUCAGAUUGCCAUCGUGGUUACCUACUUCCAAUUGUGUGCCGAGAAUUACCAUUGGUGGUGGAAGUCGUUCAGUGUCAGCACUGGAUCUGCUCUCUACGUGUUUGCUUACUCUGUAUAUUACUACUAUACUAAGGUAGGUUUUGGAAGUUAUUUUAUCAUAUUAUUGUAGUUAAAUGCUUGUAAAAUAUGUUUUUAUGUUGUUAAAAUGGUUUAACUAUUAACUUUACAUAUUUCCAGCUCUCAAUCGAAGGCUUUGUCCCAACGUUACUAUACUUUGUGUACAGUUCCUUGAUAUCGAUCACAUUUGCCUUGUUAACUGGUACCGUCGGCUUCUACGCGGCCUACUUCUUCCUCCGUCGUAUUUAUGGUGCCGUCAAGAUCGACUAA